AUGGCACCAUUUGAGAUUCUGUAUGGCAGAAGGUGUAGAACCCUUAUCUGUUGGUUCCAAGAUGAAGUACAUUUGACGGUUGGGCCUGAAAUGCUGCAGGAAACUAAGGAGAAAGUUGAACUUAUCAGAGAAAAGUUGAGUGUUACUCAGAGUCGUCAGAAGUCUUAUGGUGAUCGACGCAGGAGGCCCUUGGAGUUUGAAAUAUUGCAUUGCAGAGGACCAGUAGAUUAUGAGCCAGCUUUACCACCUCAGUUGAUACGAGAUGAUUUAUCUGUUGAAGUUCAAGCUGCUCAUAUUAAGGACACUAGGGUUAAAAAGCUUAGAGGCAAGUCUAUUCGGCUUGUGAAGCUUGUUUGGGACCUAGCUACUAGGGAUGCUACUUGGAAAUUAGAGGAGAAGAUGAGAGAAGAGUUGUAUCUUUAUCUUUUCUCUAAGGGAUGA